AAUUUCCUAUAAGAACACAAGAACAUCGGCCAUUGCCAUCAGUUUGAACUGAGAGUUGUAGAAAUGAUGUUUCCAAAUCUGGGCAGCUGCUUCUUCUUCAUUUUGUUUGCAGCUCUAUGUGGUUUUCCCACAAUCUCGAAGGCGGUCGGAAUCCAACUCGGCGGUGCUCCGUCGUCGGAAAACCGCUUCGGGUUUUUCAUAUUUGGGGAUUCCUAUGUGGAUGUCGGAAACAACAACUACAUCAAUACCACUAGUGACUUUCAGGCCAACUUCCCGCCUUACGGUGAAAGCUUCUUCCCGGUCGCCACCGGCAGGUUUACCGACGGCCGUAAUAUCCCAGAUUUCUUAGGUGAGUAUGCAAAUUUGCCUUUGCUCCCACCAUAUUUGGAUCCCCACAAUGAUCUUUAUGACUAUGGAGUCAAUUUUGCAUCUGGUGGAGGUGGUGCUUUAGCUCUAAGUCAUCAAGAACAGGCCUUAGGGCUUCAAACCCAGAUGAAGUUCUUCAAAAGGGUGGACAAAUCACUAAGAAAGAAGCUUGGGAAUGCAAGAACUCAAAGCUUCUUCUCCAACUCUGUUUUUUUGUUUAAUUUCGGAGGAAACGAUUACCUAAAUCCGUUCGACAUAAGCUACGACAUAUUCAAAACCAUCGACGCUCAAGAACAGUACGUGAAUAUGGUGAUCGGAAACAUAACGAUGGCGCUCAAGGAAGUAUACAAGCAUGGAGGAAGGAAGUUUGGGCUUAUGGGAGUGCCUCCUUUAGGUUAUAUGCCAAGUUCGAGGUUGAAAAAAAGUGCCCAAUUUUUUGAGGAGGCUUCUUCAAUUGCAAGGCUGCACAACAAGCUGCUUCCUAUUGCCCUUCACAAGCUUUCGAAACAGCUCAAAGAAUUCAAAUACGCUUUUGCAGAUACCCACACGUUGCUCCUUCAAAGAAUUCUAAACCCUUUACAAUACGGAUUCAAGGUAGUGGAUACAGCUUGCUGUGGGAGUGACGAAUUUAGAGGCGUUUAUAACUGUGGAAGAAAGCUGGGAAGUUUGCCCUUUACGCAUUGCAAAAACCUUGAAGAUCAUAUGUUCUUUGAUUCUUUUCAUCCCACUGAGAAAGUUUUCAAGCAGCUUGCAGAACAGAUGUGGAGUGGAGGCCUUGAAGUUGUUAAGCCUUACAACUUCAAGCAGCUCUUUGAGUAUGAACCAACCUUGGCCUCUGAGUAAGAAUGUGUCCUCUUUUUUGAAUCAUUUAGGCUGUUUCUAGCUCGUUUUAGACUCGUUUUGUUUCUCGAUUUAUCUCGAACUGCGGGAUUUUAGUAUCGUUGGGUUUGGAACCUCGUAUUGCGAGUAAUGUUAGUUCAUCGAGUCCGUCUUUUAUUUAGAAAAAAUAACUUUGAAAGGCUUUUCAUUGCGUUUUUUGAACACAUUACAUGUAAUAUCAUUGAGAAGCAGCUAUGAAAGACUUUACAUAGCGUUUUUAGGCACAUAUUACAUGUAAUAUCAUCGAGAAGCAACUAUGAAAGACUUUUUAUAGCGUUUUUAGACA